AUGUAAUAUGUGACUGAUAUUUAUGCUAGAAGAGGAAGUCUGAAUAUUCUAAGUCAAUAUUUGAUAUCUGGGGUUGUAUAUGGUUUAGAAAUGCCUAAUUUUAAUGCUGAGCUUAACUACAUUAACUAUUACGAUGAUCUAGCUGGCAAUCAAACUCAAACUACAAGUUAUCAAUAGUUUACGAUUGACACUUAGGUUAAGUUGAGAAGAUUUUAUUAGGAUUCUAGAAUUUAGCUAAUUGGUAUAAAUGAUAUGCUGUGGAAAAAUAACUUUAAAAUUGGUCUUAACUUUAUAGGAGAAUACAAGUCAUUUAGUUCCCAAUUUUCAUAUGAGCUAGCGAACUUUCAGAUAGAAUCUAGUGAGGAUGUAAAGUUUGACAUGUUUAGAGAUCAAUCUGACAUAUAUUACUUUUACUUCCUAGUUAGAUCCCAAAAACGUUCAAGAAUACUAUCAUUCAAUACGUCAUCUUUAGGAUCAGAAUAGAUUAGGAUUUCAUAGGAAAUUGAAGUACCUAUCUGUGGCGACGAAAUAAUUGUCAGAGAGCAUCUGAUAAUAGUUCAAUGCACUUCUCAAAACGAAAUCAGAGUUUAUUAAACAAAAAACAUGAACUCUAAAAACUAUCAGAUUCAACUUACAAAUCCAGGUAUAUUUGCCAGCUUAUAUUUCACCUAAUUUGAUCUUAAUCUAAACUUGGAAAAUACCGAGGUGUUCGUUAUUUCUAGAUUAAAUCAUUACUACAUUUGCUAUUUGGCUACUUUGGAAUAAGGUCCAUUCCUCUUUAAUUAAAAAUAGAUAACCUACUAACUCUACAUGGUAGAGGGUAUAUUUGCAGAUAAUUCAAAGUUAUUGCCACAUACUGGCAGUAUCUAACUCAUUUACUCUGAUUCUUCACUUUUCAAUGCAGAAGGCAUUAAUAGCAACUAACUGCUCAUUACUCAAAAAAAUAAAUAAAGUAGAGUUAACAUGUACUAAAUGUGCUUCUACGAUCAGUUCAAAAGUGGAGACACUUGCAAGCAAUGCUAGCCUAAUAGUUUUUCCCUUUCCUUCAACUCACCCUCUUGCACUUCUUGCAAUACCUAAGAUCUUAAGGGGCUUUCUUAAGCUUAAUUAAGCAAACUGAAUUAUCUCUGUGCCAACAAUCAAAUUAGAAUAUCCAGAACCUAGGAUUUUACUAAAGAUUUAUUUAGUACACCUAUCAGUUCUAUUAUCAAUAAAUUUGCUGAUAAAAUACCCCAAAACAUUUCAGAUAUUGGUAAAGGUGAAACCGGAUAGACUAAAGUUGUUAAUCAGGAUCUAAAAGCAGAUAUCACCACUAUAAUAUCUAAACCUUCAACUUAAGAAGAAUAAAGCAUUCCAGUUUACGCCAUUGUAAUGAUAGUGGUUUUGCCCAGUGUCAUGAUCAUAAUUUUUGUGCUUAUAAUUCUUAAAGUAGUACAAAUCAUGAAACAAAACGCUCUAGGAAGACUUUAAAGGUAAAACAUAUAAAAUUAAGCUUAAAAUACCUAAGCAUUAGGACCCGAAAGUCCUCAGAAAAAUGAUAAAAUUCGUUAAUCAAACUUCGAAAAAGUCAAAAGCAUGGUUAAGCUGUGCAAAUUUAGUGAGUUAACUGAUAAUCAUUUCGAGUAAAAGGAAUGUAUAAUAUGCUUUGAGUAAUUCCAAGGUGAAGAUGAAAUUAGAGUUACUCAAUGCUAGCACAUAUUCCACUCUUAGUGUAUACUUGAAUGGGCUAAGAAUCGAAUUUGGACUGCAAAUUCUGUUGAGCCUGGCACUCCAAUAUGUCCUUGCUGCAACUAAAGUCUUCUAAUAGAAAUUAAACUGCCUCAUCACAUUCAAGAUUAAGACAAAAUCUUGAUCCAUUGCAGAAGUACAUCUGUGAGUGAAUUUUAAAUUCUAAUAAAUCCAAGCAAUAUCUUUGCUUCUACCAAUUAAAGUAGUAAUUAAUCUCAUAGUUCUCCAUCUAACAAUGAAGCUGAGACUGUUGCCAAUUCACCUAUCAACUUAUUGGUGAGUUAAUAGCAAUAAAAACAAACUUUCAAUACUUAACAGCUAUAAUAGCCUUAGUUCUGUGAAAGUGAGCCUAUAGAUGAGGAAUCAAACAUUGAAGAAUUUAAGGUGGAAGACAGUGAUGUUAAUGUUGAUCCAAGUUAAGUUAAAAUUACCUUUAGAUCUCAACUAAUCAAUCAAGUAUCUGAAUCAUCUAGUGAGAGCAAAUAGUAAACUGAUAGAGAACUAGAAUCUAAGCCUGAGCCUUAAAAAUCUUCAAAAAAUUGA